AUGCAAAAUCAGACCACAGUGACUGAAUUUACCCUGACUGCCUUCCCAGUUCUCCAGAAGCUUCAGAUUUCCCUCUUUGUGGUCCUCUUGUUUACUUACAUGCUUACUCUAACAGGAAAUAUUGUCAUCAUUUCCCUAAUAUGGGCUGAUAAUCGCCUCCAAACCCCCAUGUACUUCUUCCUCAGCAAUUUGUCAUUUUUGGACAUUUUAUACACUACCUCAGUUACCCCAAAACUGUUAGCCUGUCUCCUAGAGGAGAAGAAGACCAUAUCUUUUGCUGGCUGCAUCACCCAAAUAUCCUUCUUUUUUUUCCUGGGGACAGUAGAGUUUAUCCUCUUGGCAGUGAUGUCCUUUGACCGCUACGUGGCCAUCUGUAACCCCCUCCGCUACACCAUCAUCAUGAACAGCAGGGUCUGUCUCCUGCUGGUUCUGGGCUGCUGGGUGGGGGCCUUCCUGUCAGUGAUCUGCCCAGUUAUUGUGGUGUCCAGAUUGCCUUUCUGUUAUAAGGAAAUUAGUCACUUCUUCUGUGACCUCGCCCCUCUGCUUCACGUAGCCUGCAUAGACACUCAUUUCAUUGAGAUGAUAAGCUUCCUCUUGUCUUCCUUCAUCCUCCUGAGUUCACUGGUGUUCACUACCGUAUCCUACACCUACAUCGUUUCUACCAUCUUGAGCAUCCCUUCAGUCCAAGGACGUCAGAAGGCCUUUUCCACCUGUGCUUCUCACAUCACUGUUGUCUCCAUUGCCUAUGGGAGCAACAUCUUCAUGUAUGUGAGGCCCAGUCAGAGUCAUUCCCUGGAUUUUGACAAAGUAACGGCUGUACUCACCAUAAUGGUGACCCCUCUUCUGAACCCCUUCAUUUAUAGUCUCAGGAAUGAAAAGGUAAAGGAAGUUUUGAGAGACGCAGUCAACAAAAUUGUGUCCUUAUUGCACAAGAGAACUUGA